AUGCCAAGUGCCGGAACCACGAAUCCGUCGCCUCAUGCAGCAGCACGGCGGGCCACGGCUGACGAUAUUCAAGAGUUACGAACCAAGUAUACACUUCUUGAGAGCUCAGUUCAAGAUCUCGAAGAAGCCUACGCAGCAAAUAGGCAACUUUGCUCUAAGGUUGUACACUUAGAAGCUCAGCUAAGCACGCUUGGAGAUACAGUACAAAGCUUACUAGAAUUCAAAUCCCAAGCGACAAAGCUGCUACAAGUCCUAGUGUCCAAUCAUGGUGUUGAUAAACUAAAAGCCCAAGUUUUGUCUCUGGCGUUACAGUCUAACAACCCAAACACGUUUCUGAAGUCUGUUGUGGAUGGAGAAAAUCCAUCAGAUGAAACCAACGGGGACGGAGGAAAUACGCUAUUACCGUUGGGGAGUACGCAUGCAGAUACCAAGAUGAAUUCAGAACAACUUCAGCUUCAACUUCAAGAUUGCCAACCAAUGAAAACUGUUUGCACAAAGGUGUUAUUGCACCUGUUUGGGGCAAUUAAGGAACUGAAGCCAGAGCUUAUACUGUAUCCUCAUGGACUCACUUGGAAUGAACCUGGUUGGCCUGGAGAAGGCGUUGGAGAUGAAUGCCGCCCGUUCCUUUGGUUUGAUUUUACCAAACCACCCAAUGACCCUAUCAACGUCAAAGGCUUCAAGGAAUACUGUAAGUUUGUUCGUAAUUGGGGCGCAGAGCAAGUUCCAGCGGCAACCAAUAUUAUUGCAAAGGCAACCAAUGCAACCAUCCAGGAGCAAUGCCAAAUGAAGUAUAAAUACAAGGCCAAGAAAUACAAACAAUACCUGAAAGAGCGCAGCCAAGGUGAUGUCCCACCCACAGACAAUCAACCUGAAGAGAGCGGGAAUACUGGUGAAAUGGCGCAGGUGCCGGCCCGGAGGAAGAGGAAGACUGCUUACUAUUGGUCCAGAGCCAAAGCGAAGCUGAAAGCACAAGCUUGGAAGCUCAGCAAGAUGGUUAUACCAUACUCCACUAUGGAGUUACAAACCUUCUUAACGCCCAGUGCUCAAUUGGACAAUGAGAGCAAGUACAAAAUUCUACAAGACGGAACCAAGCGCAAGACUGGUCAAUAUAUCACUCAUGGAUGGUCAUUCAUGAGCAAACAAUUCAAAAAUCUGAAGGAACUUGUUGAUGCAGUGGCUGACCCAGAGCCUCCUGUUCAUGGAUUUCAACCUUGA